ACGUUUGCAUCUAUCUCUACAAGGCUUUAAAUAGACCUUAAAAUCCUCAAAUUGCAUAAACAGUUAUACUCUAGUUUUUAUACACAACCUUGAUCCUUCUCUCUCACUCUUUGGUACCAUUUUUUUUUGGUAUUGUUUUGCUAAUUUUUCAUAAUCAUGUUAGAUUCUAUAUUGGAGUUGAUUACUCAAGCUACUUCUAGCUCAACAUUCAUUUUUUGCUUUUGCAAUUUGAUCAUAGUCAUUAUUUUAUUGGAUUUGAAGCCAAGAAUAAGUGUUCAUCAAAGAAGUGAAAUUCAUCUUUCAAUAAGUGAAACUCAAAAGCAAGAGACCAACAUCAAGUUUUCAUCUGAAAAGAGUGUAGAAUCAUUGACACAAGAGAAAGAAGUUCCACAUGUCACCGAAGCGGUCGAAGCGGAGAUAGAAGAAGAAGAAGAAGAAGCAGAAUAUAAGAUCGAAAUUGAAGGUAAUGAUGAUAUUGAUUGUAACAAUGAAGAAGAAGGAAAAGAGGAAAUGGAAAAAGAGGUUGAAGAAGAGAAUGAUGAUGAGUUGAGGAAAAGAGUGGAAGAAUUUAUAGAGAAAGUUAACAAAAAAUGGAAAGAAGAAUUGUUGAGCACUUCUAGCUUGGUAUAUGAAAGAAAAAAUAAUGAAAUUUUUGCCAUUUAAGAUAUGUUUUUAGAUUUUGAUGUAUUCAAUCAUGUUUAAGAAAUAUCAUAAAGAUAGUUAGUUGUUCAUAUGUGCUACAUAAUUUCUAUAGUUUUGACUAUUAAAAAUUAAUCCCUCUUGCUUAGUGUUUUUUUUGGAAGUAAUGUUCCCAAAAUAUUGUGAAUUAAACUGAAUUGGAUAUGAGUGAGUUCCAAAGAAAAAAGAAGAUAACAAUUUUCAACUUAUAACUUUA